GGAAAUACUUCAGAUUUCAUAUUGGAAGGUUUCUUUUUCCCUCCAGAUGCAAGGGCGUCUCUGUUUGUUUUAACCUUUUUUGGGUAUAUGAUCAUUGUUUUUGUGAAUUUACUGGUUUUUUUAGUUAUAAUAUUUCAUAAGAAUUUACAUGAGCCAAUGUAUGUAAUGUUAUGUAACAUGAUUGUCUGCGACCUAAUUGGAAGUUCCGCUGUAAUGCCAAGAUUAUUGUCCGAUUUCUUCGUUGACAUAAGGAUUAUCUCCUUUGAAGCAUGCUUCAUUCAAGCUUUCUGUAUUCACAUGUACACAUGUGGGUCUCAGCUGAUACUCACUGUGAUGGCAUAUGACAGAUAUGUUGCAAUUUGUAAUCCUCUGCGCUACUCCACAAUCAUGACGCCUUGGACAAUAGUAAAACUCUGCUCGAUUGCCUGGGGAGGCGCCUUUAUUAUGGUCGUAGUUCUGUUGUCGAUUACAAUAAGACUUCCAAAAUGUAAAUCGGUAGUCGUGCACGCAUAUUGUUUCAAUGGAGCUUUAUUUGUACUUGCAUGUGGAGAUUAUUUAGUGAAUAACAUAUAUGGCUUAUUUAUUACGUAUUUCCUAACCACAUUGUCACUUUCGGCCAUUGCUUUUACGUAUACUAAAAUUCUAAUAGCAUGUUUUUUCAAAUCGCAAAGCGUCUCAAAAAGCAAAGCAAUUCACACCUGCGCGACACACUUAACUGUUUAUGUCGUGUUCGAAACAACUCUUUUAUUUUCGAUCAUGGCUUUGCGUUUUCCAAAUAUCAAUCCAAAUGCUACUAAGGCAAUCGGAACUUUAAUGAUUACCGUCCCGCCUUUUCUGAACCCUAUGAUUUAUGGCAUAAACACUAAAGAAAUCCGUAAUAAUGUGCUGAAAUGGCUUAAUAAUAAAUUAUCACCAAUUUAAAUGCGACACAUUUUACUUAAUAUAU